ACUUUGCUCCGCUUUCUCCCCCCCCUCCCGGCUGUCCCCAAGCACGUGACUUCCGACUCCACCUCCCUCCCUCUCUCCUCCCUCUCUCCCUGCCUCCGGAGCGUUCUCGACUGGCCACAAAGUAACCCUCUCGCUUCCUUUGCAGGUCGUAAUGGGAAGAGGCGAUAGAGGAAGGCUGGUGUUGGAAGGGCUGAAAGGCCUUUUUCUCCCACCUCCUUAAUCCGGAUCCCUCAAUGCGGAUCCCCUCCCCUUCCUUUAAUCCGGAUCGACCGGCGGGAGGGGAAGCAAGGAAAGAGUUACUUGGGCUACUCAGAAGCCGCGGUGCGGAGACUCCAACUCGCUCUGAAGUGACCCUCGGCCUCUUCUCCCCGCCCUGGGCAUGCCCCCUCCAAUUGCCCCGGCCUAGGAUGGAGCGGGGGUCUCCCCGGCUCCCCUUAGCCCAGCCGCCCCAGACCCCCGGGUGGGCUAGCCAGGCCAAAGGAAGGCCCGCUCCGCCAGUUCUUCUUCCGGGCCGGCGCCCGAACCGCCUUGGUCCUUCCCCAUGGUGCAGCUGCUAGCCCUGGUGUGGCGGAGGCUGCUUCGGAAGCGAUGGGUCCUGGGGGUCGUCUUCGGGCUCUCCCUCAUCUAUUUCAUCAGCAGCACCUUCAAGCAGGAAGAGCGAGCCAUUCGAGAUCGGAACCUCCUCCAAGUGCAAGAUGAAGACCACCCGAUUGCGUGGAAGGUGCAGUUCAACUCCGGGAAUGUUAGUCAGCUGAAUAACCAGUGCCGGAACUCAGUCCAGGGAAAGCUGCUGAUCACGGAUGAGUUGGGUUACAUCUGCAAAAGAAAAGACUUGCUGGCGAAUGGCUGCUGCAACAUCAAGGCCCCCAGCACAAAGCUAUACAGCUGCGACAGCUGCCUGCCCAGCGGAUGCUGCAGCAUAUACGAGGCCUGUGUCUCCUGCUGCUUACAGCCCAACAAGCAACAGCUCCUGGAGCAUUUUCUAAACCGAGCAGCAGUAGCCUUCCGGAACCUCUUCAUGGCCGUGGAAGAUCACUUUGAGUUGUGCCUGGCCAAGUGCAGGACCUCAUCGCAGAGUGUCCAGCAUGAGAACACCUACCGCAACCCCAUUGCGAAAUAUUGCUAUGGCGAGUAUCCCCCAGAUCUCCUGCCUGUGUGAAAGCAGUGAAGAAACCGGUGGUGAUGAGAGACUAGAGGCACUAACGAGAUGGAAAAAUGGCGCUGCGUGGAUGCUUCGACAUAGACCUGCUUUCAUGCUGCGGCGUCCAACUUCAGCCUUGCAAAAAAGAGCCUCUCUGCACUCGUAAGCCUGCUGCCUUCUCCCUGCAGGCGGAAGGUGAGGGGAGAAUGAUGGAGAUCUUCCACUGACUGGCGCCCAAGAACUGUGUUCAGGCACUGCAUCGUGGGGCCAGUUAGUCAUGCCCCAUUUGGAGAUACAUACAUAAUAGAUAUACUUAACAUCUAUAUACUUAUCUCUGUGUAGCCCAUGGACCUUUGUCUUUCUUUUUUGCGGGGGGCCUGAUGAACGAACGCAGCUGUGAAGAGAGAUGGCGAUCCCUUAAUUGGGAGAAGAAUGACUGGCUCCUUCUGGGGGAAGGCUUCUCCUGUAUCCUUGAUGCAAACUGUACUUUGUAAAUAUGUAUUAUUUAUUGGGGUAAUAUGGCUCAAAAUGUAUUGGAGGUUCCAGAACCUAGUGCCAAGAGGGAGUCCGUGUUAGUCUAAGAUGGGAUACAGGAAAUGCAUUCAAAUUUUCCCCAGACUUUUCUUUGCAAGGGCUCAAAUCUUUGCAAUGAUUAGCCUGUUGCUUGCUAGCAGAGCGCAUGACAGGGGUAUUGCCAGGCUUGCUGGCUUUGCAAGGUUUUGGAGCCUGCUGCUGAACAGAGCAGAGGUUUUCUCUGCAAAUUAGGAGUGGGGAGCCUCCAGCCCGUGGGCCUACUUAGGCCCAGCAGACCUCCCCAUUUGAUGGUUUCAGCCAAGCCAUGCCCACCUGACAUUAACUCGACAUCCCAUAAAGCUGCGGCUGGCACGAAAGGGGAUUUGCAGGCACUGCCGAUCAGCUGAACAGUGAAACUUGCAAAACUGUGCUUGUGGCUUUGCAAGGAUGAUUGUUUUUUGCCCAUACAACAUUGUGAUGUCAGGCGACUGUCAUUUGGGCAGCCCCCUCCCACCUGUCAAAUUUGGCCCACAAUGUGCGGGUGAGUGGAAAUGCUGCGAUUAGAUGAUUGUGGGUUGUACAUGGGGGAAGAAAUGCAUGCUGAAAAAUCUGGUCUGUAAAUGCAUUCAGUACGUAGAGAGGAGGUCCUUGGAGGCAGUGAAUGACCUAAGAUCCUUGCUGUUCCAGGUGUCAACAGGAGGUUGGUAGGCAAUUAUCCAUGUUUUGUCAUGCAGCCAGUUUCCUCUACAGUGACAUCAUCGGCUAGCCUUAGAAUGAACUGCCUGGGUAGAGUUGCCUAGAGGUCCUAAGCUUAGCUAAUGAGAUCUCUCUGACCACAGAAUGCUUUUAUCUUGUACUGAUCAUGGAAUACUCUCAUCUCAGAUUUUUCCAUCUCCAGUAUGGAACAAAAGUCUAAAUACACUCCUUCACAAACUGAA